AUUUUAAAAAGAAUUUUUUUAUUGUAAUUGAUUUUUAAAAAAAAUUACAGUCAGCUGACUUCACUGUGAUGUCAUUUUGAAUAUUUUGAAGUUGGUAGGUAGAAAUGUUAUGAAAGUAAGAUACGUAGAUCUGCAUACUUAUAGCAUUGGACAGUGAUAAAUAUAGCCAGCAAAUAUGUGUAGUAAUGUCCAUUAGUACGAUAUUGAUGUUGGUGGUGGUAAUAAUAUUGUUGGUGGUGGUGGUGGGAAGUGGAAAUGAAAGAAAAAAAAAGAAAAUAGGCAGUAUAAAAAGUGGAAGCAAGCAAGCAAACAAGAAAGUAGAAGGUGAAGGUGUCUUUUGGUUGCGAGAUUAACUUGAGAACCUUUUCUGAUUGGCUGGCUGUUCAAAAUGUUGGUUAUUGCGGGCGAUGCCGUGCCGAUGUUGUGACGUUAAAGAUUUUUAUCAUACUUAUACUAGUGAGAAACAUAUUCGCAAGUGGAUUAAAUAAUAUUAAUCAAGCCUGGGAAUAAAAAGUAAAUAACAACGAUGAGCUCGAUAUCUAAUGUGGAGAAUUUUUCACCGCAAAUAAUUCGGAGGGUAGCCAAAGAAAUGCAAGAAUUGGUUAGCCAUCCUCCUGAAGGCAUUCGAGUUAUCAUAAAUGAUGAAGAUGUCACUGAUAUUCAGGCUGUCAUCGAGGGUCCUGCUGGUACUCCUUAUGCAGAUGGUCACUUUAGAGUUAAACUAGCUUUGGGUAAAGACUUUCCUCAAGGACCUCCAAAAGCUUUCUUCCUCACCAAAAUCUUCCACCCAAAUGUGGCGAAAAACGGAGAAAUAUGUGUCAACACUUUGAAAAAAGAUUGGAAAUCUGAUCUUGGAAUCAAACAUAUAUUAUUAACUGUAAAGUGCCUACUCAUCGUACCUAAUGCCGAAUCUGCCUUGAAUGAAGAGGCAGGAAAAAUGCUUCUAGAAAAGUACGAUGAUUAUUCUGAAAGAGCAAAAAUGAUGACCGAAAUCCAUGCACAAGGAGGUGGUAAGGGCAGUAAAGUUGGUAUUGAGAGCUGCGCUUCUUCCGCAAUCGGUGGUCCUCUUCCAAAAAAACACGCAAGUGACAAGAAAAUAACUGCUGAAAAGAAAAAAAUGUUGAGAGAUAAGAAGAGAACGCUCAAGCGAUUAUAAAAAAAUUUCUUAAUUAUUAAUCUUAUUCUUAUUGAUACUGUCCCUUGAAAGAUUUAAUAUUAAUUGAAAAAAGAUAAAUUCUUUGGUGUGAUUUUAAUAACAAUAACUUAAUACUGAAAACUUAAGGAUUAAGAACAAAAGUUUUUUUUUCUUCUUUCAUGACUGAAAAUAAUAAUUAAGUGUCUAGAAAUUAAUCUGAUAUUUCCGUGAAAACUUUGUUUCUUGAGUAAUUUAAGACUAUUAUAAUAUUAAAUUUUAAUUUCUAUUCCUUGACAAGAAUUUAUUUAAAUCCCGUAACUAAAAUUUUAGUACUCUCACUGUUAUAUGUUCAACGUAGCAAAUAUUUUUACAAAUAUGUACAAAUAAUAAUAAUAAUAAUAAUAAUAAUAUUAAU